CUCGCAUCUGUUCAUUUCUUCUUCCUCUUCGCCGUCGUCGACGACAACACCUGGCGAUACUGUCCAUCUUUCGCUUCUUCCCCCCUAAUCCGAACCACCUCUUAUCCAGCCAGUCCUGUUCCCUCUGCAUUGAUCCAUCUCUGCACACCGCUAGCCACCCGCCGUCCUGUCCACUCUAUUGCUGGGUCACCGCACGUUCUCGCCUGCUUGUUGCCCCACGUCGACUCCUAAAAGCUUGGCGUCGCCCGCCGCUAGCUAUACAAGUACCCGCCGCCGUCCUCUCACCUACCGCUCUCUCCCUCACCCUCGCUCCUCUACAACUCUCCGCCUUCUCCCCUCCUUUUCCUUCUCCCGAUCCUUCUCAUAUACCCACCUUCAACAUGGCUUCUCGCGCCAUUCCCUCGCACUUGAAGCCCACUGCGGGCGGCAAUGGCGAUGCCCCGCGUCAUCACGGCAAGUCUCAAUCGCACAUGGCCUUCGAGAACACCUCGACCAACGUUGCAGCUUCGCAGAUGCGCAAUGCCCUCAACAAGCUCUCCGAUACGGUCACCGAUCCGGAGGAGAAGAAGCGUUUCGAAACCGAGAUGGACAACUUCUUCGCCCUCUUCCGACGCUACCUCAACGACAAGGCCAAGGGCAACGCCAUCGACUGGAACCGCAUUGCUCCCCCCAAAGCUGAGCAGGUUGUCAACUACGAUGACUUGGCCAACACCGAGGCCGUCGAAUACCUGAACAAGCUCGCGGUUGUCAAGCUGAACGGUGGUCUGGGUACUUCCAUGGGUUGCGUCGGUCCCAAGUCUGUCAUUGAGGUCCGCGAUGGCAUGUCCUUCUUGGAUUUGUCUGUCCGUCAAAUCGAAUACCUCAACCGCACAUAUGAUGUCAACGUGCCCUUCGUCCUCAUGAACUCGUUCAACACCGACUCCGAUACGGCCAGCAUCAUCAAGAAGUACGAGGGCCACAACAUCGACAUCAUGACCUUCAACCAAUCCAAAUACCCCCGUGUUCUCAAGGACUCUUUGCUCCCUGCUCCCAAGUCCUCCGAGUCGGACAUCAACAACUGGUACCCUCCAGGUCACGGUGACGUUUUCGAGUCCUUGUACAACUCGGGCAUUCUCGACAAGCUCAUUGACCGCGGCAUUGAGAUUCUCUUCCUUUCCAACGCUGACAACUUGGGCGCCGUCGUCGAUCUCCGCAUCCUUCAGCACAUGGUUGACUCCAAGUCUGAGUACAUCAUGGAGUUGACCGACAAGACCAAGGCCGAUGUCAAGGGUGGUACCAUCAUCGACUACGAGGGCUCUGUUCGCCUUCUCGAAAUCGCCCAGGUGCCCAAGGAGCACGUCAACGAGUUCAAGUCUAUCAAGAAAUUCAAGUACUUCAACACCAACAACAUCUGGAUGAACCUCAAGGCCGUCAAGCGUGUUGUGGAGAACAACGAGCUUGCCAUGGAGAUCAUCCCCAACGGCAAGUCCAUCCCCGCGGACAAGAAGGGUGAGGCCGAUGUCUCUGUUCUUCAGCUCGAGACGGCCGUCGGUGCUGCCAUCCGUCACUUCAACAACGCCCACGGUGUCAACGUACCUAGGCGACGAUUCUUGCCCGUCAAGACUUGCUCAGAUCUGAUGCUCGUCAAGUCGGACUUGUACACUCUCCAGCACGGACAGCUCGUCAUCGACCCCAACCGAUUCGGCCCCGCUCCGCUGAUCAAGCUCGGCAGCGACUUCAAGAAGGUCUCGAGCUUCCAGUCCCGCAUCCCAUCGAUCCCUAGGAUUGUUGAACUGGAUCACCUGACCAUCACUGGCCCCGUCAACCUGGGUCGUGGUGUGACUCUCAAGGGUACGGUCAUCAUCGUGGCCACCGAGGGCCAGACGAUCGAUAUCCCACCAGGCUCGAUCCUGGAGAACGUGGUGGUUCAAGGUUCGCUCAGACUGCUUGAGCACUAA